UGGCAAACCGUGCUAGGAUUGGCAGAGAUGGACAGUCACGGCUGCUCAAACGGUCUACGCGAAGAAGAGAUCGACGCCGUGGCGAUGGCGGUGACUGCCGUCGUCGUGAACACGAUGGGCGACAAGGAGUCCUCGUCGCACGACAUGUUGAUGCGGCUCCGGCAACGAAGAGCGCUGUUGCAGAGCGUUGCAGAGGCGCCGGAUUGCGCGGCGACGUGUGAGGCAGUCGUCCAGUUGUGUGUUGCGCUGACGUCUGGCGUUUUUCCGCGGCAGACUCCACGAUGGUGGAUUAAACGACGGACUGGCAGGACAUGGGAGGACCUCCGGCUUCGGGACAACGCGACGGACGAGUACUUCCGGCAAAAUCUGCGCAUGUCGACGACCAUGUUUAACCAGAUCGUAGCCGUGUGCGACGCGUACAUGGAGAAGAAGGUGACGCAUUAUCGAAUGCCAUUGCCAGUGGAGCAGCUGAUUGCUUUCACGUUAUACAGGUGGGCAUCCGGAGAGACGUACGAGAACGGCACGUCAGCAUUUGGCAUCGACAGGGCAACUGGACUGCAGGCCGUCCGCGACGUCACUUCGGCGCUGCUGCAGGCGUACCCCGAUGCGAUAAAGUGGCCAAUGGGCAGGAGACGUGCGCAGAUUCUGCGCGCUUUCCAAAGUGGCGGGCUGUUCGACGCAACUCCGGAGAAUCUGCCGCACGGUGUCGUCACGCGAGGCUACCUGUUGGGCGACAACGGUUAUCCAGUUGCCUGUCCGUGGAUUGUGUCGCCGUACGGAGGAAUCGACCAAGAUGCUGACGCGGAGCGCUUCGACACGCGGCAAAAGGUGGCACGGGGGUGUGUGGAGAGGGCAUUCGGCCGACUCAAGUGCAUGUGGUGUCUGUUCUUGCGCACCCAUAAGACGAACCUAGAGACCUUGCCACAACAAUUCGUGGCUGUCUGCACUCUCCACAAUAUCCUCCUGGACGCGGGGAUCGACUUCGACGAGAACCUUCUGUGGGAGGUGGAUGCGAACGACGUUCGGCGUAGAGUGGACUUGGGUAUUGUGGGGAACGACGAACGCGGGAGGGGACGGUGCACAAACGUGGAAGGUGAAUUGUUGAGGGAUGCACUGCGAGACCGCCUAACUUUGAUGUAGGACCGUGUGGUAGGGAGGUGGUGCACACGGGGUGGUUCGAUCGGUAGGCGGAUGGAGUUAUUACGUGGUCCAUGUCCAUGGUCGUCGUGCGCGUGGUUGGUUGGUCGAUGGAACGGCGACAUGAUUGUCGUCGACCAGUUCACAUUAUCGU